AUGAAUCAAAUAAGUUUAAAGAUUGACAGAGAAUUAUUUACAGAGAGAGCCAAAAGAAUAUAUGAGGCAGUUAAGAAACCUGUACUGUUAAUGUUGGGUAAGAGGUCUGAUAUAAAGACCUUUGGAAGAAAUUCAGCAGGUUUUAAUUACCUCAUGGGAGUUGAACUCACUGAGACAUGUAUUUUGAUAAGAGAAACCAAGCCUUUGAUUUUUACGUCAGUCAAAAAGCAAUCUAUUCUUCAGCAAUUGGGAGACAAGGUAGAGACAUCAUUUUUUAACAAGGAUGCUGGUUCUUCUUUAUUAAAUUGCGUUAAUUUCUUAACUGAAGAGUAUGGUGUUAUUGGUGUAGAUGAACCUAUUGGUCAGUUGUGUGAAGAAUUGCUUAGUAGAAUUAAGUAUGUUAAGGUUGAUGAAAGCAUUUUGAGAUUGUUUAGAAUGAAAGAUAAAGUUGAGCAAGAUAAUUUAAGAAAAGCUGGUAUAAUAGCUAAUAAUAUCAUGCCUAAAAUCAUUGAUUUGAUUAGAGAUGAAGAGGGUACUAAAGAAAAUUUUGAAAGAGUGCUUUACAGCAAAAUGCCAGGUGUUGAGACAUCAUUAGCUGAGUUCAUGUAUGAUCCUGUUUUUACUUCAAAUUCUGUUAAAUUUGGUCUCAGAUACAAUGGUUAUUGUAUUGAGGCAGGAAGGAAGUUUUUAGGAGACUAUACUGAAGAGUAUGAAAUUCUAAAUUAUAUUUUAGAUUUGAUUAAACCACAGACUGAUUCCAAAUACAUUGUAGAAGAAGUAGAGGCAUAUUGUAAUUCACUUGGAUACAAACAUGAUGUUUUUAUUUACACAUUAGGAUUGUUAGAAAAGGAAAAUGAUUUUGCUGAAGAAUUUAUUCUUGAGAAAGGCACUUCUUUUGUAAUAUCAAUUGAUGGCUGCUUCACAAAUACUUUUAUCUUAGAAGAUAAGCCUAUUUUUGUUACAAAAAGAGACUUCAAAGAAGACUAUCUUCCUGAGAGGAUGAGAUUCAGAAAUAAAGAUAUGGCCUAUGAACGUAAGCUUAAAUUAAAUGAUCAUCAAAAAGAACUUAUUAAUAAGCUUAUUGAUGACAUGUUAAAAUACCAUACAUUAAACAAAACUGAAAAGGUAGAGACUGGUGCUCAAUCAAAAGUAAAAAUCACUAAAUAUGAAAAUGAUGCAAAUAUUCCACGUUCAAACAAAAUUCAUUUAGAUCAAGACAAUCAGUAUGUAAUGAUACCAAUUGGUUCAUUUAGUGUGCCAAUACAUAUCUCAUUGAUAAAGAAUGUAGCAGUAUCAUCAGUACCAGAAGGAAGUAAAUUAAGGAUUAAUUUUAAGGAUUCUAAAGACAUAAGAGAGUAUCUUGGAUAUGGCAUGUUUGAUUCCUUUUUAAAGUCUGUGUCAAUUUUAACUAAUAAUUCUGAGAGUGUUCAGAUGGGUAUUAAUCAAAUGAAAAGACUUUAUAAUAAACCUGAAUUAAAUGUUAAACAAACAGGUAAAUUGAUUGAAAAGAAGAGGUAUGUUUGGAGUGAUUUACAGAUUAAGGUUGAUCAAAAAUCAGGGUUAAAGAAAGUUAUUGCUGACCUUGAACUACAUGAGAAUGGAUUCAAAUACCAAGACAUUUAUUUCUUGUUUUCAGACAUCAGAAAAGUUUUUUAUCAAUUUAGUGAUUUUGAAAAGCUUGCUUUAGUACAUUUCAAUUUGAAAGAACCAAUUUCAGUAAAUGGUAAGGCGACCUAUAAUUUACAAUUCCAUAGAAAACCACACAAUUUCUAUCAUGAUACCACAAAGAGAGAAAAUGAGCAUCUUGAAUUUCUUAAAGAACAAGAGGAGGAAGAUAGAUUAUUCCGUUUAAAUAAGGAAAUUAGUAAUUUUGUGGAAAAACUUGAAAGUGAAACUUCUCUUAAACCACAAUUAUUAGAAAAUUCUUUUACAGGAUCACACCAUAAAGAAAAUGUAUCAAUUUACAUCACUAAUGAUUGUUUAGUUUCACUUGAUGAACAUCCAUUCUUUGUACUUUAUUUAAAUGAAGUAGAGAUAAUUAACUUUGAAAGAAUUUCAUUCUCCACUAAGACAUUUGAUUGUAUAUUUGUUAUGAAAGAUAAGACUAAACCUGUGAAAAUUGUUUCAUCAAUUGACCUGUCACAUCACAAUCAUCUUAAAUUAGUAUUUGAUAGUAUGAACUUAGUAUUUAUGGAGACUGUUGUUAGUAUUAACUGGAAAGCUUUACUUGGUUCAAUUAUGGAGGAUCCUAUUGGUUUCUAUGAAAAUGGAGGUUGGGCUGAGUUGAUGGUUGACAAUGAAGACGAGGAGAAUGAAGAGGAUAUAUCUGAUGAAGAAUCUUCAAUGUCUACAUCUAGUGAAGAUGAAUUAGAAGAUACGACAGUUGAAUCUGAUGAUAGUGAUAUGAGUAAUGAGAGUUCAUCAGCGUUAAGUGAUUCAGAUUAUAACAGUUCAUCUGCAGAUAACUUCUCCAGUAGUGUUGAUAAUGCAAGACACUCUAAACAUUUUAAAAUGUAA